AUGUUUAUAUCUGAAUCUUCCGGGGAUUGUGAAACAUCAUGGACAGUGGAGCAUAUCACGGGUAGUGAUUUUGUGAUCCACUCUCUCAAGCCUUCAUGUGACGGAGGAACCUACGUCCUGGUUCGGGUAGAGUCAAGGACAGUGGCAGCAACAAAACGAGUUUCUUAUGCCGGAAAUGAGGGUGACGGCACCGGAACCGGUGAAGAGGACGAUGGAACAACCCUAACGUUAAAAUUGCAAAAAAUUGAGGGGCAAAGAAGAAGCCCACGAUUAUCUGCACCGGAAGUUGAGGCUGAUCAUGACCAUUUAUUAAGGCAACACCUGGAAAAUGACCAAGGACCUGCAUUUCGAACCAGGGGCAGGAAGAACACAAAACUGAGAUCACUUCAACAAUUCACACCUUCAACAAACCAAGGUUUGAAACAUUAUAGCCAUUAUGAUAUUCAAAAGAAAAGUUAUGAUGGUGAGUAA